AUGACUCCUUAUAAAGAACUUGACUCGCGUUUGCAGUCUGUGUUUGAUCUAAUGACAAGAGAUGAUCUCAACGUUAGACAGGAGAGCGCUUCGUUGUAUGGCGUCACUGCUGACGUCAGACGCGAGUUUCUUCAUGAAGAUCACAAGAAAAAAGAACGGCUCCAACCGCCUUAA